UGCCAUCUUUGUUCAGCCCUUGAUUGAGCUCUAACUCUCUUGUGCUCGUUUGUUCUGAAGUGCUCGCAUUGUGCUGAACACGUGUCUUCAAACACAACGUAGGAAACGCACUAAUCAUCUUGUGGUCGCUUGUAGAAAUGUCUGCCACAGUCUGGGAUCGGCCCUUCAAAAGAAGUUUGAUCGUGACGAAAGCCAUCAACAACAUGGCGUUUAGCGAUUCGACACUUGUUGUAAUUUCACCAUUUCUUGACGGGGGUCAGUGACGUCAUCACGUCGUUUCAGAAACCGUCCGUGACUCGGUAGUUUUUCUUUAUCAUCGUGGCGCGUGUUCCUUUCGAAUAUCGACGUAUCUACGUGCUUGGUGCUGUGCACGUAUCGCAGUUGCAUCAAUCCACCCAAAUAGCAGAACAAUAAUUCACGUGAAAAUAAAAUGGGAAGGCUGGCGUUUCUAUCCGUCGAGUGUUUGGCAACCGCACGUCAUCACGAAAAGUGUUUAAAACGUUGGGACGGUAUCAGUUGAUGGAUACAUCCGUCAGCUGUUUGUCACAAAAAGAAAAGAAAAAAAGAAAUCAACAAGAUCGAGGUAGAAAUUCCGUGACUGUGUGACGCAACAGAAGCUAUUUCGUUUCCAAUUUGAACGGUGAAAUACUGGAGCAAUUGAGUUUUUCGUGUUUUGAGCGGACACUUGGAAGAAAAGUCUGGGCGCAACCGCGCAAUAAAAAUAUCCUUUGUGAAAGAGAAGAACAAACAAACCAAGUUUUCAUUUCGUCUGUUGACCGCGGAUGGCUGGAACAGCCGAAAUUCAUCCGGCAGUUGCGCUCGACCUUCCGACGUGGGGACAUGUUGCAGCCCAGGAGUCAGGGCAAUCGACCAUGAUUAGGAUAAAGACAGUUGACGACUUGGCAGUCAAGACAUUCAGCGCUGGAACAGCUGCCCUGCAAGUCAAUUUGGGGAAAGGUCUACUCGGCUCGUCAUUUGAUUUGCACACGAUACAAGAUCCAGAGGAAAAGGAAGUGGCCCGACGUCGCUUCGACUGCCGCAAACAUUUGCUCAACAUGAGAGCGCGUAAUGCCGAAAUGGCGGACCCGGAAUCGAACGGAAGGACCGUCAUGCAGCAGGAAGAUUUACAGGAAUGGCUGGAUAACCUCCAUUUGAAAUUGAAACAAGCUUGUUCCGGCGUUUCCACGCCGAGUCCAGCCACGGCUCCGGCCAGUUCGAGCCAAAGGCCGAGCCGUCCGUCUCGACGAUCGGUCGCAUCCAUCGCUGUGGCCGCCACUGCCCAAUCGAAAAAGGGAUUCAAUCUGCCUACUCCCCUUCUGCUUUCAACGCUUUCACCUCCCCCGAUGUCCACUCUUGCGCCGCCUCCUUCUCCCGUGUCCACCAGCAGCGGCGAUCCGUCCAUCAUCCAUAAAUUUAAAGCGGCCAGUGGAGCUGUUAGUCACCAGCACAUCGUCCGGCCGCGUUCCAUCAACGGAUUGGCUGACCAGGGAGCGGCGGCUCUGACCGACGGCCAAUACAUAGAACGAUUACAACUGGCGCUGCAGCAAGCGUCCGUCUCGUCGCUUCAGGAAAGGCUGGCCGAGCGUAAAGUCCAGUCUGUCAUGCAACUGCCGUCAACUAGCGGCUCUGUCCGGCCGAAAACGACGUCUCAUGUCAAAUCACCAACCAAAACGAGGCGACACAUUUCGCCGAGCAAAGUGUCUCAUCGGCCGAAACAUCAGCAGCACAUCAUAAGGCCGGCCAAAUUGAAGAGCACAUCGUCCAGCUUACCGGCGAGUAGUCCCGUUCCGGCCGCGCAAUCCGUGCCUCCGCUUUCAACGAAAUCCGGCAAAAAUGGCGGUGGUAAAGGGAAAACGGGCCGUUCCAGUCACCGUCGAGCAGACGACGUAUCGUCCGACAGCGUCGCUUUAUCCAAUUCAAUAUCGCCGUCUUCCGAUGUGAUGACCACGUCGCGAGGUCAUCACAUUCCGAGACUAUCCGACAUUGCCGGACUUCCUUCGCGGACUGAAACGGACAAAUCGACGGCUAGUCGAUCCUUCAUUACCGGCGACUUCUUCAACUGCGGACAGACAGUGGACGAUAUUUACCAAGCGGCUGAACAUUUGAUUUUACCGCCUGCCCGUCGCGAUGUUUAUUUAUCCUCAGACCAGCCGUCUGCCGUCCAGUACGAGACUGGACCGCUGAUUCAAAGACAAGGAUCGUUGGCCGAGGAUGUAGAAGAAAUCCCGAUCGUCGAAGACUUUUGGGGCGCAGUGCCUGACUACUGAAACGAGUUCAACUGUAAGGGGAAAACAAACAAACAAAAAAAGAGAAAUAAGGACCGAUGCUCUGGUGAUCGAUUCUUGCAACAACACGCAAGCUGCUUAUUUUUCAGUAGACGAUGUAGGGCGGUUUUCACGAACGCGUCCAUUUUCUUUCUCUAGUCGACAUCUCUUGGAGCGUUGAUAUCACGCACGCCGUGAUCGAGCACCAUAGGAUGUCGCGUUAGUUCCGUCAGCCUCGACUGCCUACCAGCACUACAUCGGGAUUCUCAUCAGUUCGUUUAUUCCUUUUUUAAUUUCAUUUGGUUUCCGUUUUUUUUUCUUUGCUAUUACCGAGAGAGUCUAUCAUAGAAAAAAAAAGAAGAAAACAUGAAUGGAAUUUAGAGGCGGGCUGUACGAUUAAAACAGCACAAUAUGGACAUCAACUUUUGGACUAGUGUAAUGAACAUGCAAUAAUAUUUUUUUUUUAUUGAUUUUUUCUUGGUUCCUAUCCUUUUCCGUCGGCCGGAAUAAUAAUUUUAAAAAGAAAAAAAAAUAGUGCAAACAAUAUUGAAUAUGUAGUGAAAGAACCAGGUUGUUGAAUACGGCACAAACCCAUCUAAAAACACCUCGUGUGAGCAUUACUAAAACAUUUUGCAACAAUUAAAUUUUUUUUUUGUUGUGGAAAAAAAAAAAAAAAGAGACAAAACUUAUCGUUUUCAUUAAUUUUUGAGAGUGAAAAC